AUGGUGGCCACCAGGAGAGGAGUACGCGUGUACUCUCCAACUAAAACAAACUCAGACCAGUCCUCGGAUGUCCCGGCCACUCCUCCCACUGUUCGAAAAACCAGGAGCACCGUUACUCAAGCAGGAAGCCCCACCAAACAUGCCCUGGAGGAGACCAGCAGGCAGCUGGAAAAAAGCGAGGGACGUCCCCAGGUGUCUUCACCCACGCUGAAGAGAUGCACCAGAGCUUCCAGACUCCACAGUCCGGAUCAGCCAUGUACUCCCAUGGGCUCCACCCACGAAGACGUGUCCGAAGUGGAGUCGUGCUGCUCGACCAUGUCCAUGGAAAUACCGAUGACGCGCACCAGGGGGGGGAGGAGACCGCCCGGCGCAGUAAGUCAGGAAGAUGAGGAGGUGUCCGAGGUGGAAUCAUGCUCUUCUGCAGUGUCUGAAUGUAAAGCUGGCCAAAGUGUCCGCCGGAGCACAAGGAGGAAGACGAUCCCUAAAAGCCAAAACUCGGCUCACGUUGAGGCCGGAGACGUCAAGGAGGCAGACUCCCAGAGAGUCACCAGAAGCCAGAGAAAACCAGCUCGCACCGGAUCAUCUGCCAAACCACAAACGGAGGACUCGGAGCUCUCGGAUGCUGAGAGCAGCGUCUCAGCGGUUAGGUCCACCACACGCAGAAGUACACGAUCCAAACGACAAGUGAUCCCCAUCAAUUUAGACGAUGCCUCGGAAAGCUCUCUGUCCCCUGCACCGAGAGCUCGAAGGAGCCUGGCAGCCAGAGGGAAGGCAGCAGCUGCUGUAGACUUCUGCGAGCCCCUGUCUUGUGACUCUGAAGGGUUUGAGUCCGGGCCCACAUACAGUAUGAGGACGCGUAGAAGGGGGAACAAAGCCGGGGACUCUGACUCCUCGGUGGGCAGCCCCGUGUCCACGCGAAGCAGAGGGACUCCCUGCAGCAGCCGCGCAGGCUCAGGGACCAGCACGACUCUGGCCCCCAGGAGUUUAGUCAAGGACUGUAGUAUUGUUAUUAAAAAAGCUGCGGAGCUAGCUGAGGAGGACACUUCUUUAAACGAGUCAAGGCUAGAAACUACAGUGAUAGCUGUGGACGCAGACUGCACGCUGUUGGAGUCAGAUGAGAGCCAAUCAUUGGAAGAAAACGAAGGCGUGAACUGUCCUGAUCUCGAUCCGAUAGAGGCAGAGACACUCGGCGAGGAAAAGGGAGUCAUUGUCAUUUCAGAAGAGGACGCCCCCCGCAGGUCUCCCCUGCUAUCAGACAGCCCUGCUUGUGCUGAGGAAGCUGUGAGUAAACCUGCAGUGACUGUCGGACGCCAGCAGGAGGAGCCGUGUCCUGAGAAUGAGGACGGAGACAUCUCUGAGACGGAGAGGAUGCAGGAAACAAUCCCGCCAUCGGAGCCGUUAAAGCCUUGUCCAUCAGCUACAGUGACAUCAUGUGAGAGUGCUUCUGAAAUCACAGAGGAGGCUGAAGAGAAACAUGAAGCGAUGGAAGUAGCUGAUGUGGACGCCCACACACCACAGGGAGCUGCGGAUGCUGUUGUGGAAACUGGGCCCAGUGAGGAGGAGAAAAUGGAAGUCAGCUCAUUGCAGAGCGAUGCUCAGCAGGUGGUCGACUCCACUGACGUCCAAGUCGAGUCCAUUCAGGUGACAUCCAGCCAGCAACACAAUAUCACAGUGGAAUCUGACACUGAACAGCAACCUAAAGACGUCAUCAUACAGAAUACAAAAAUAAUCAGCCUGCUGGAGAGCAGCGAGGACGAAGACGCUGAAGACACUGAAGACGCAGACGCAGAAGAUGCUGAAGUGGAGGAUUUGGGGGACCAGGAAGAGGAGAAAGCAGGGCCGUCCCAGAGGUCUAAAGCUGCAGCUGCAUCAGUUGAUGGACUGUUUAUGAUUGACACUCGGCCCGGACAGGAAGUUGAUGAACAAUACUACGAAGAGAGGCCAACAGGGGAGGAGAAGAAGGCCACGAAGGAGGAGGGAGUUGAGCAGGAGGAGGAGUUUGUGGACGAGGAGGGGGAUGACGACGAAGAGGACGAAGAUACAGAAAUCCUCUACGCGUGUAGAAAUCCUGAGUUGAAAGAGUUGUCCAGCCGUAUUGACCCUGGCAUCAGGAUGAAGGAGCUCGGGGGUUUGUACAUCAAUUUUGAUGGCAGCAAAUCAAAAGCCGUCUCCAGUUCGCUGCGAAAACUAAAGGAAAAGAAGAUCCAAGAUGAGGUGAUGAAGAAGAGUGUGAUGGGAGCGGACUUUGAAAAGAAGGAUGCAGUGCCUCCGUACAGUGAAUCCCAAAAAGCCGUAAAGUUGAAACGCAGAGUGGAGAAGGCGAAAUCGACAGGAGACGGUUGGUUUAAUAUGAAAGCCCCAGAGAUGUCUCAGGAGCUGAAAGGAGACCUGCAAGUCCUGAAGAUGAGAGGCGCCACGGAUCCCAAGAGGUUCUACAAGAAGAGCGACAGAGAUGGCUUUCCCAAGUAUUUUCAGGUUGGUACGGUGGUGGACAGCGCAGUCGACUUCUAUCAUUCCCGUAUUCCCAAGAAGCAGAGGAAGAGAACCAUGGUGGAGGAGCUGCUCUCUGAUGCUGAGUUCAGACAUAACAACAAAAAGAAGUACCAGCACAUCGUGACGGAGAAAGCCGCACAAGGAGCCGGCAAGAAGAAUAAGAAGAAGAGUAAAUUCCAUAAGAAGUAAAUCUGAAGAACAGACUGGUGGCUUUUCAUACAUAUUGAUAUUAUGGGUUGUUGAAUGAUAUUAAAACAAAUUGCUUAUAUUUACAAUUGAAACCAACCUUCUUUUUUAAUCAAAUGGACCUGUAUCUCCCAAACACUUUACUGCACAGUAAUCAUUGUCUUUCUAAAUAUACAUGCAAAUGAACAUUAAAAUAUUUUCGUUGAUGACUGGUA